AUGGAGGCAGCAUACGUCUACGACCUCGGAAUAAUACAGGUGUUCCCUAACACGGCUAACAUGGGAGAAUGGUCAGCUAAACAGAAAACGAACGCCUUGAACGAGAUCGAAAAGGUUACUGCUUCUGGAGAUCAGAAAUCAGUCACCGAGAAGCUCACCAAGCUUGCCUCUCUGCUGAACGCUGACAAGGCACACAAUAAACCCGGUGCUCCAGGUCUAGCACUGACGGAAUUCCAGCCCGCAGGCCAUGCAGGUAUGGACUUCACUGGUAUUUCUGCACCAAAUAUGGGCUUAGCCAACUUUGAAACCGGUGGGGGAGCUGCUCCAGGCAUGGGCAACUUUGGAGCCGGUGGGGGAGCUGCUCCAGGCAUGGGCAACUUUGGAGCCGGUGGGGGAACAGCUCCAGGGAUGGGCAACUUUGGAGCCGGUGGGGGAACAGCUCCAGGGAUGGGCAACUUUGGAGCCGGUGGGGGAACAGCUCCAGGGAUGGGCAACUUUGGACCUGGAGGCGCCGGGGCACCUGGCAUGGGCAACUUCAAAAUUGGUGGUGCCGGGGCACCUUCGCUACCAGGAUUUAAAAUGGCUGACGGAGUGCCAGGGUUAUCAGGAUUACCAGGAUUUCCAUCUGGAGGCGCACCUGGGUUACCUGGGUUACCUGGCAUGGGUCAGUUUGGCGCUGGUGGCUCCGGAGCUCCAGGCAUGGGCAAGUUUGGAGCUGGAGGUGCCGGUGCUCCUGGGAUGGGCAACUUUGGAGCUGGAGGUGCGGGUGCUCCAGGGAUGGGCAACUUUGGGGCUGGAGGCGCCGGGGCACCUGGCAUGGGCAACUUCAAAAUUGGUGGUGCCGGGGCACCUUCGCUACCAGGAUUUAAAAUGGCUGACGGAGUGCCAGGGUUAUCAGGAUUACCAGGAUUUCCAUCUGGAGGCGCACCUGCGUUACCUGGGUUACCUGGCAUGGGUCAGUUUGGCGCUGGUGGCUCCGGAGCUCCAGGCAUGGGCAAGUUUGGAGCUGGAGGUGCCGGGGCUCCUGGGAUGAGCAACUUUGGAGCUGGAGGUGCCGGGGCACCUGGGAUGGGGCAGUUUGGAGCUGGUGGAGCCGGGGCACCUGGGAUGGGCAGUUUCCAACUUGGUGGGGGCGGUGCACCCGGGUUAUCAGGAUUUAAAAUGGCUGGCGGAGUACCAGGAUUAUCAGGAAUGCCAGAUAUGAGUGGUUUCGGUGGAGCGGAAGGAGGAAGUUCCCUUGGCAGUGGAAUGAGUCUUAAUUCUUUCAAGAUCGCUGGUGGCGUCGGAGGGUUGGAUUCUGUAGGAACACCGGCAGAGCGGAAAGCACUCAUCCAAAAGGCAGAAAAGGAACGAGAUAACAAGGCUAAGCUCCGAGACACUAUAGCAGGAGCCUGCGCCAAUAUGACGACCCCGGACUCAACCGCCAUGGAGCAGGUGCUUACCUGUCUACAUACUAACGCUAAGGAGUCUGCAGAGUGUACCAAGUUAUGUCAGAAAGCAACUAUGCUGAAAACACUGGAGAUAACAAAGGAACUAUCACAUAUGAAUACAUCGUCUGAAAACACAAAGGCUCUGGGCACGGCUCUGCUCAACGUGGCUCAGGAAGCUGCUGCGGCCGCGGUGGUGAAUAUCCAGUGGCCAGUACUGAGUGACAAACUCACUGCAAUGGAUACGUCGGAAUUCGAGGACUAUGACACAGACAUAGAGUCGAACCAGAGCGGCGUAGCCUUCUCUAACGAUCCAGCAGGUCAACAUCUUCUUAACGCUCACAAAGCCAGCCAGGCCAAAAUUGCAGCUGAGGUUGCCGAAAUGGCCCUACAGACCCAGCAGCUGGCUGUCCAGACGCUGGGCCAGACUCUCACCCGGGAGUCGCUAGAGUACACCACCCCUCUGCUGCAGCCGGAAUCAUCGGCCAUCUGGACAGUGAAGACAUCAUGUCUGGUGUGGAGAUUCAAAUGCCGGGGACAACGACGUCCAUCUCAAUCCCUGAAGGCAACAUGUUCGGUGACAGUAUCGGUGUCAACGGCAGCGCCAUCUUGUCUGGCGAUGACAACGAAGCUGGAUAUCAACACAUAUGUGGACUCGGGAAUAAACCUAGGUCCAGGAACCCAGUUCCUGAAUGUCGACAUGAUGGAUGGCUUCGGCUUCCCGAUCGAGGUCAAGGACACUCCGGAACCACUCAAGAUCACCAUCGAAAGGACACCAAAAUAUCCCAAGAUGUCUUUCAAUGAAACCCAUCUGAAGAUUGCUGACUGGAACGAGCUGUAUUACACCCAGCUGAACGUCACGAGAGCGGAAUCGUCCGUCCACCUGGAAGUGAAGGAGAUGAAGGAGAAGGACCUCCAGAUCAUGGUUAUCUUGAAAAAGGGAGGUCUUCCCAAGAUCAGCUCUGACAAAUGUGAUGGUGUUGGCUUCAUCCCGAAAUCUCUGGACUUCACCAAGAAAGUGAAAGGGCGGAUGCGCUUUUUCAUGGAUAACAACAAAAUUAACAGCUAUAUAGGCCCGGUUUGGUUCGGGUUUAGGCCAAUGCCAAAAGGCUUCGACUCCAGCAAAGUGGAGUCUUGCGCUGACCUGGACAAAGUGGACGUGUCCAGCGACAAAAACUACACCCGUAUGAACAUAGGCAUCUAUACCUUCACCAGUGGUUGCUACUUCUUUGACCACGACUUGAAGGAUUGGGCGUCACAAGGUUGCACAGUCGGUGAGGGGACAAACUACACACAAACAGACUGUUACUGCAACCACUUGACGACAUUCGGCAGCGGUUGGACUGUAGCCCCCCACACCAUCGACUGGAACUUCGUCUUCUCCAACGCCGACUUCUUCAAGAACCCCACCAUCUACGUCACGGAGAUCGCCAUUGCCAUUUUCUACGUGCUCGCCAUUGUCUGGGCCAGACGCAAAGACCGGAAAGACGUCGAGGCGCUUGGCGUUACACCAUUAAAGGACAACGAUCCAGGCGACAAAUACUUUUAUGAAGUUGUUGUGGUUACAGGCAACUGCAAAAACGCCGGAACCGAUUCUAAGGUAUUCAUCGUUCUGUCUGGGGACAACGACGAAACAGAUGUGCGCAUGCUCAAUGAUGACAGUCGGAAAGUUCUCACGAGAGGCGGAGUGGACUCCUUUCUUAUGGCUGUGGAAGGACCACUGGGGUCCCUGAAUUACGCUCGUGUGUGGCAUGACAACUCUGGCAGAGGCAAGUUCGCGUCGUGGAACCUCAAAUACCUCAUUGUCAGGGAUGUGCAGACUGAACAGAAGUUCACGUUCCUCUGCAACAGGUGGUUCGCUGUCGAGGAGGACGACGGACAGGUUGAUCGUGUGGUCCCUGUUGCUGGACCUGCCGAGUUGGAGGAAUUCGGACAAGUGUUCUCUGAGAAAGGUAUGAAGGACCUGGCCGAUGGUCACAUCUGGUUCUCUGUGGUCACCCGCCCCCCUCAGAGUCGCUUCACCCGUGUCCAGCGAGUGUCCUGCUGCCUGUGUCUGUUGGCUGCCACCAUGCUGGUCAACGCCAUGUUCUAUGAAAAACAUGAAAGCAAGGCUGGGACUGACUACAAAUUUGGACCGUUUGUUUUGAGCCCCAAACAGGUGUACGUCGGUCUGAUAGCCAACCUGGUAGUCUUCCCAAUCAACUUCGCGAUCAUCAUGCUGUUCAGGAAAUCUCGAGCAAGAAGAUUAAGGCCAUCCCGUGUUGAAGAAGCGCUGAGAAAUAUCCCGAGUUGGAGCUCAACGUCACUUUCUGACGUCAACGCCGAGGUUGGAAGAGAGUUCCAGAAGGGUGUGAAGCUGAGUCAGGUCCAGCCAUCAAGGCCCGGCAGUUCCUGUUCCAGACUGAGUGACAGAUCUCCGAGCAGCAUGUCCCAGGGAAGUCCUGGUCGGAAGAAGAUGGAGCUGCCUUGGUUCUGUCGCUAUCUGGCCUGGAUCUUGCUGUGGGCGGUCAUAUUCGUCUCUGCAGCCAUGGUAACGUUCUACGGAAUCAGCUUUCGGGACGAGAAGGUCAGGAAAUGGGUGACAUCCAUGCUGGUGUCCUUCGUAACAUCCAUCUUCAUCACUGAACCUAUUAAAGUGUUCCUGACCGUCCUCUUCUUCUCCAUGAUCUGUAAGAAGCCUGUUGAUGAUGAGGAUCACCGACCCGAGGAUGAGGAGGGUUCAAGGAUGGCUUAUGACGAGGAGCUGCUCCACAACCAGGUGUAUGCCUAUGGGGCUGCCCGUCCCAAGAAGAUCGGGUACAAGCCCCCAGAUCCUACAGUCCUGCAGAGGGCGAGGAGACAGAGGCUGAACGAGAUCAAGAUGUGGGACAUCAUCAGGGAGAUUGUUUUCUACUCCUUCUUCGUGUGGAUACUGAUGGUCGUCAGCUACAGGAACAGGAGCCCGGACAGCUUCUACUACAAGGACAGCCUGGAGAAGAUGAUCAUCAAGAACAAUGACACCCAGCAAUGGUUCUCAGAGAUCCAGAAUACUGAGGAGUUCUGGUUGUGGGCAAGGAGCGCCCUGGUGAGCAGCCUCCGAGCAGACAACUACUACAACAACGACCCCGCACUCCUGCUGCGAGGCUUCAUCGGCGACAAAGUGUCCCGAAUCAUGGGCUAUGCCACCAUGCGACAACUGAGAGUCAAAACAGGUCAGUGCAGUACGAUCAACGUAAUGUCCUCUGCCAUAGUACAGUGCAACGAAGACUAUUCCAUGCUCAAUGAAGACAAGAAGUCCUACGGCACCAGAUGGAGCCCCUAUGACCUGACAACUCUUGCCCGAAAAGAAUACAUUUACACACCAGCCUCUGAGCUGAACGGGUAUCCGUACUGGGGUCUCCUCGGAGUCUAUGGAGGAGGAGGGUAUGUCGUGGAGUUAAGAGGAUCCAAGGAAAAACUUGAUAAAGCCAUGACAUCAUUAAAGGAAGAAAACUGGAUUGACAAAUACACGAGAGCAGUUUUUGUGGAGUUCACUGUCUAUAAUCCUCAAGUGAACCUAUUCGCCAUAUGCACCAUAGUAGCAGAGUUCCCAUCAAGCGGAGGCGUCCUGGCAUCGUACCGAUUUGAGCCAGCGAUGCUUCUUCCCUACAUUACAUCUGUGAUGUAUUUCCAAGUCGUAUGCGAGGCAAUAUAUCUGUGCUUUACCAUCGCUUUUAUAAUCAAGGAGGUUCGGAACUUCACCAAACAAGGAUCAAAGUAUUUUCGGUCCUUCUGGAACUGGAUUGAACUAUCUAUCAUCACCAUGUCCAUUGCUGCCAUCGUUGUGUAUUUCUAUCGUCUCUUUGUUACAAUCACACUAACGAGCAUGUUCAAGAAAAACAAAGGCAAUGAAUAUAUGAAAUUCCAAUAUGUUGGUUACUGGAAUGAGCUGUUUUCUUACAUGGUUGGCUGGUUGGUGUUCUUUGGGAGUCUGAAGUUCCUCAAACUGCUCCGCUUCAACAAACGUAUGUCGUUGCUGGGUUCGACUCUCGAAAGUUGUGCACAGAGCAUCCUUCACUUCAGUUUGAUGUUCUGGGUGGUGUUCCUGGCCUUCAUGCAGCUGUUCUACCAGACCUUCAUGUCGACCAGUCUAAGCUUCUCGACCUUCAUCAAGGCAGCUGAGUCCGGGAUCCUGAUGAUGAUGGGUAAGAUCGACAUCAACGAAAUGCUGAUGGUGGAGCCAAUCCUUACCAAGGUCUACGUCUUCUUCUUCGUUGUCACGGUCACCUUCAUCCUCGUCAACAUGUUCCUCUCCAUCCUCAACGACACCUUCGGCACCGUCCGUGUCGAUAUCAAGAAAAAGAACAACGACUAUGAGAUAGUCGACUUCAUGGACGUGGAGGAGUUCCCAAACCGCAUCGACCGCUUGCUCAAAUCCAUCAAUAACGUGUACCUGCAUGACAACCUGGAGGCCAUCAUAGAGAGCAAUGGCGAACCCAAGAAGAUGGCCAUGAAUCCACAGAUGAAGGAAACAAGAGAUGGCGACUUCAAGGGAGAUGGACCGACCACUGUACACACCAACUAG